ACAUGUUUGAUGGGAAUAUCUUUGUUUCCUUAUUUUGAAAAUGUUAGGAGUAAGAUACCGUUUGUAAAUAAGUGUAAUUGGGUAUAGCACCCAAUUUAACUCGUAAUAUAAGACAUAGUAUUUUCGACCUAAAUAGUAAAUUGAAUGUACGGAUCCUGUCUCCAGAAUUUAAUAUACAUUGCACCGCAUUCCGGGUGAAACCACAGCUCUUCGAUUUCAGCCACAAUAUUUCAGCAUUGGCGAUUAGCCCUAAUUUCUAAGCACGAAGCCAUGCAGCUGUUUGUGGGGCUGAGACCUGUGUCAGCUCGUCAUUCUUCAGUCACCGGCGGAAUGGAGCGCUGGCAGAACAAACUGGCUGUGGUAACGGGCGCCAGCGGUGGAAUAGGAGCCGCCUGUGCUCGGGCGAUGGUCGGGGCUGGACUGCGGGUGGUGGGCAUAGCACGGCGGGAGGCCAAGCUGAAGGAGCUGAGGAAGAGUCUGCCCAGUCACCUGCAGGCCAACUUCAUUCCACGGCGGUGCGACGUCUCCAAGGAGGAUCAAGUGGUCAGCGCCUUCGAGUGGAUCGAACGCGAGCUUGAGGGCGCCGACGUGCUCUUGAACAAUGCUGGCAUCACGCGCGAGACGGAACUGGUCACUCCGGGCAACACGCAGAAGCUCAGGGAGGUCCUCGACACCAACGUGAUGGGUGUGAUUUGGUGCACCCGCGAGGCCUUUGGCAACAUGAAGCGGCGGGGCGGCGAGGGCCACGUGCUCAUCAUCAACAGCAUCGCCGGACACCAGGUGCUCAACUUUAUCGACGUGCUGCCCUCGUUCAAUAUCUAUCCGGCCACCAAGUUCGCCAUCACGGCCAUCACGGAAACCUAUCGUCAGGAGUUCCAACUGCACACCAACAAAAUCCGGGUGACCGGCAUUUGUCCCGGGGCGGUGAGCACGAACAUCUUCCCGGAGGAGAUCCAUUUCUACGUGAAGGACAUGGCCAGGCUGGAUCCAGCCAACAUAGCGGACGCCGUGAUGUACGCUCUGCGAACGCCACCGCAUGUCCAGGUUCACGAAAUUACUAUCAAGCCUAUGGGCGAAAUCUUUUGAAAUCCAAGCUGUACUUAAGCUAUUUCUGAAGAGUAAGGGAUGACCUAAAUAGUCAACUAUGUGAUGCCGGAUUGUACAUUUGUAACAAACGAUUAAUACUAUUAACAAAUUUUGAUUUUAUUUUUAAUAAUUUUUCUGAACUUUGCAAACAAAUAAGCUAUAUCAUUUUAAACAGGAUAAACAGGAGUAACUCAAUGCGUUACCCCCAAAAAUGAGGCGGUAUAUUUAUGUGCAGAAAUAAAUAAACUAUACAUGCUACUCGUGAAAAACAUAUAAGGGUAUAUUGUACUUCCCAAAAAUUAUGAAACAGGCAGAAGAUAGCAUUCGACCCUAAAAAGUCGAUAAAUGAAAACAAAGAAAAUGUCUGAUACAUUUUUACGGGUUAACCAGAAUUUAAAAUUUUAUUUUUAUAUUUUAGCAGUGUUGGUGUUAGAAAAAUAAGUUUAUUUAAAAUAAAACUCAAGCGUUAUUUGUCAAGCUUAAUAAAGGAAUUUAAAGAGUAA